GACGGUAUAGAAGUAUGAACGAUCGAUCCAUCUUCAAUAACCUUUCUUAUGUCAACUUUUUCUGCUGUAUAGUGUUAGAUGACUACUUUAUGGGCUAAUGCUUUGAUCAACAAACUACCCAAAAAGAAGUAAGGCUCCAGCCAUGGCAAAGCUUAACGAGAAAAGGAUUCUUUCAUUUCUUAUCAUAGGUUCAUUGGUGAGUUCGAUUCAUACAGCUGAAUGUGGCGGCCAUCACUCUCUGAAAUGGACCAAUCAUUGUUACAGCUUCCAUGCGGAGAAAAGGUCACGUGACGACGCGUCAUAUGUGUGUCAUCAAGAGGGAGGUUAUCUUGCAGUGAUUAACUCGAAGGAGGAAGAGAGCUUCAUUGCUGGGUACCUUCAUAGAAAUAAAGACACGAUAUUUGACAACACAGAUUUUAGCCAUCUUAAACACGAGGAAGAAUAUCUCAUGCGAGAGAAGACAAAAAUUGAAAGAGAGUAUUGUAAGCAUUAUUUCGAGGGUACGCUGGAACAGAGCACAUUAAAUGUUUUAAGAAAGAACGAGAUCUCCCCGAGUCUCCCCAACAGGGCGCAACUGACGACUCCCCCAGGAUUCUCCAUCCGGCGGUCACUCAUCCCGCGAGCUAACAUGGGCGUGUGGACUGACGCAUUCGUACCCAAACAUACUAUUCUUGCUGAAUAUGAGGGAGAAUUUGUCGAAAGCCCAACAGACUUUACUUAUUGCUGGCAAAUAGAUUCUGGUCCACGUAAGCUGUUCAUAGACGGUAAAAAUGAGAACAUAAGUAACUGGUUGCGAUAUGUUAAUUGUGCCAGAAAUGCAUUCGAGGAAAAUACAGACACAUUCAACUGUGGGUCCAAGAAAUUCUAUUACACAAUUAAAGACGUCCAUCCUAACAAUGAACUGUUGGUCUGGUAUGGGACGUCAUACGGAAAAUGGCUUGAUAUUGAGAAAAUCAAUCCUGAAAACGAUUUUCCAAAUGGAUCUUUAAACGCACGGAUAGGGAGUAUAUACUACACACGAGAUAAAUCGUGGAUAAAUUAUGACCAUACACAUGUGACUUAUACGAACUGGUCACGUGACCUUAAAGCUAGAACAGGCAACCGAUCAGUGGGUUUGAUAUUGACAUACAGAAACGGAGAGUGGCAGUGGAUACCAGAACGAGAUUACUCCUACUAUGUGAAAAACAAUUCAGUGGAACUUCCUUUUGUGUGUGAAAGUUCAGAAGGGACGUGAGCACCAUGACGACCUAUUUAAACGUACGCUACUUUACUUGAGAAACGAGACUUUAAUUUUUCCAUACAUUUCUAAAAUGUACUGUCCAUAUUAAUACUUUUUAUUAGAACUAAGAUGUUUGCAAGAAUAUGAUAAUCUUUUUGAAUUUAUUAUAU